AUGGGCAACCAAAACUCAUAUCUAAGACGGUUUCGUCGCAAUCAACCAUAUCAAACUCAGCCGUUUAUGGGUCCUCCACAAAUGGAUCAACAACAACCACCACCACCCCAAAUGAUGAUGGGAAGUGCACCUCCCAUGAUCCAAGGAAGUCCUAGCACGAUGAUGCAACAACAGGAGGAACAAGAAAUACAAAUGGAACAACAGAUGGAGCAGCAGAUGGAACAGCGGCAAAUAGAACAACAGCAAAUGGGACAACAGCAACAAAUGCAAAUGCAAAUGCAGAUGCAAAUGCAACAACAACAGCAAAUGAUGAACCCUAUGUUUCAACCAAUGAUGCAAUCUGGUCCACCUCCAGGCUUCAUGAUGAUUCCGCCGAACGGGCAACUACAAGGGUGGCAACAACAAUCUUGGCAACCACAGACAUGGGACUUGGGAGGAGGAAGCCGAGUGACGAUAUCAGAGGGCCUGGUAGUGGUGGAUACAUCAGGUGGUGGAUGGGGAAACGGUAACUACGCCAUUAUGUAG